GCGCACUUCUCGAUGGAGUAAAAACUCCGUUCAAACGGCUUUUUUGUGUUCAGUUCAGUUUGUCCUUCCCCCGCACCUCCGAUUAGCACGGUUGGCUACGUGCGGCGCGAAAUAAGUUCAGCGCUACAGGAACGUGCGUGCUGCUCACAACGCGUGCAUGCGCGACAUACACGGAGCCGCUUGGGGAGGACGACCAUUUGGCCACCUCGGCUCUGCCCGUGGUGCGAGGUGUUGACGGCCUCCAGCAUCGCAUCCGCGAUUGCCACCGAGCCAGCGAGGCUGCGCUGCGUGUGCCAGCUGUGCGCUCGCAGCAAUUUCACGUGCGAGACGGACGGCCUCUGCCUCGUGUCCGUCACGCACACCCCGGAGAACGGGAUGGCGUACAUACGAGUGUGCAUCCCGGCACGCGACCUGCAGCCACCCGACCGGCCGUUCUUCUGCGCCCGCUCGGCCCCGCCGAGCAGGACGCGCUGCUGCAACACCGACUUUUGUAACGACAUCGACCUGAGCCUGUCCGACUCGGCCGAAGAGCGUGAGGCCGACUCAGAAUUUGGGCCGCUGGAGAUGGUGGUGGCAGUGGGGGUGCCGGCCUGCCUGCUCUGCCUGCUUGUCACGGCCGGCCUGUGCAUCCUUCGGGGACACCGGGGUACCCGUAGGGCCCUGCACGCGCCGCUGCACACCAAGGAGCCACUGCCGCUGGAGCAGGUGUUCAUCGACGAGGGAACGAGCAUCCGUGACCUCUACGACAACACCACCACCGGCUCGGGCUCUGGCCUGCCGCUGCUGGUGCAGCGCACCAUCGCGCGCACGAUCAUGCUGCAGGACAGCAUCGGCAAGGGCCGCUUUGGCGAGGUGUGGCGCGGCCGGUGGCGCGGAGAGGACGUCGCCGUCAAGAUCUUCUCGUCGCGCGAGGAGCGCUCGUGGUUCCGCGAGGCCGAGAUCUACCAGACAGUCAUGCUACGUCACGAGAACAUCCUGGGCUUCAUCGCCGCCGACAACAAGGACAACGGGACAUGGACACAGCUGUGGCUGGUGUCCGAUUACCACGAGCUGGGCUCACUCUUCGACUACCUGAAUCGCUUCAGUCUGUCAGUGGAAGAGCUCGUCAAGUUCUCGCUGUCUGUGGCCAGCGGCCUGGCCCACCUUCACAUGGAUAUCGUCGGCACGCAGGGGAAGCCGGCCAUCGCCCAUCGGGACAUCAAGUCCAAGAACAUCCUGGUGAAGCGGAACCGCACGUGCUGCAUCGCAGACCUGGGCCUCGCCGUGCGGCACGACUCCACCACAGACUCCAUCGACAUCGCGCCCAACAACCGGGUGGGCACCAAGAGGUACAUGGCACCAGAGGUCCUGGACGAUACAAUCAACAUGAAGCACUUCGACUCGUUCAAGCGCGGAGACAUCUACGCCCUUGGGCUGGUGCUGUGGGAGAUCUCGCGGCGGUGCGUUGUCGGAGGAAUUACCGAGGACUACCAGCUGCCGUACUAUGACAUGGUAUCCCCGGACCCCUCCGUGGAUGACAUGCGGAGAGUCGUGUGCGAGCAAAGUCUCCGGCCUAACGUCCCCAACCGCUGGCAGAGCUCCGAGGUACGCAUGCGUGGUUCGUGCGCUGUACUCUGUGAACCCAGCUACCAGAGUUCGAUUCUCGCUCGCGGCAUCGACAUCAGUGACGAACAUCUAAACCGGUCCUGGGCAUCUCCUGAGGUCGACUCGGCCUCAAAUGAGUACCUGGUGCGGUGUGUAAAAACGCCGCCGCUGGGGAUGCAAAGGCGGUGGUGUUGGCCACCCACCUCGUCGUGUGCCGUUGCAGGCCUCGUGCUUAUCGGAGGUGCAAUGUUGCUUGAUCCAAAUAGAUUAUAUUGGGGGUACAUUUCAUAAUUUGUACCAUGAUGCCGGCACAUAAUUGCCCACAGCAUGGGAUCUUUAACGUUCUACAAUUUAGCACGGUUGGUUACGUACGGUGCGAAAGAAGUUCAACAUGUACACACACAUAGGGGCACUGUGGAGACGACACACACACAUACAUAUUAUACACACGAUCCAGCUGCGGUAUUAUCCAGAGUGGCCUGCCUGGAUUCGAACCACGAACCUCUGCAACAAGCGGAGAACGAGCCACCCCAACCGCCUUGACUGUGACCUGUCUUUGUGCUGCCGCUUCGCAGAGCCUGCGCGUGAUGGGGAAAGUCAUGCGCGAGUGCUGGUAUGCCAACGCCUCUGCCCGCCUCACCGCCCUGCGCGUCAAAAAGUCCCUUUCCCAACUCAGUCAACUGGAGGACAUCAAGAUGUAGCCAGUCGGAGGCAGAAACUUUACAGUCGCACACCUCUGAAAGAAAGACAAUCUUUUCUCUCUUGGAUCUGAAAGUGGUGACUCAAAGUUGAAGUGCUAAUUCCUUUUGCAGCAAUUGGGUAGGCCAUUAAAUAUUCUCCACGCGGCCCACAAGGUAUGGCGGUCUAUUGGGGGCUUGUUUCAGUAUUCAGCACCGGCCACCGAGGUAUAUUGGUCACAAUUAGGUGGGACAUUUAUUUUUGUCCAUUUACUGCCAAAGUUGUUUGUUACAUGACCGGUGAAAGUAGUUGGAGCUUUCACACAUCGCUAGGCUGCAUUGUCUCAUGUCAGACUGGACCAGCUCACGGCAACCGCUCACUCUUAAACACUGCAGCACGCACUACUCAGGACGGUAUCCUGGCCGUGUUGAGGCUGCUCUAACCGUCAGGACUUCACGAGAAACUCUUGAAUGUAAAUGGUGUGUUUGCAUCGCCCAUUUUUCUAUCUUUUUUAAAUGUUGCCGAACACGGUUAACGAGAAACACAUUUGCUAAACAAGUCGCUCGCUGUGUAAUUCACGAUCGUGCCUUCAUUGUUUCCGUAACUCAUGGCUACUAACGACACGCGCGCGCACAACCACACACGCACACAUGUGCCAUUCACUUGCUGUAACAUGUGUUGCCAUUUACAUGCAUGGCUGUAGCUUGGUGGGGAAUCGCCGAUGUUCAAAGCAAAGGGGCAAAAUUCCGUUCCUCCCAAACCACAAUUGUUGGGUAUCGAUUGUAGCAGUGCACGGUUACUGUGAAGAGGGGUGUCAAAUAUUAACCUCGAUGGACGCUCCUCCAAGACCGGUUUUCAACCCUUUUAUGAUACGAGUGUAAUUAUCGUGUACCUGCAAUUUUUUAUUUUUUGGGGGGGUGGAGGGGCUUUUUUAUAUUACGAUUCACCUCGUGUUCGCUGUCAGGUGAAUUCGUAUAAUGAGCCCGAAUCCAGCAUAAUUUACGCAGCAGUCGCAGAUGUCGAAAAAUACGAUUGAAGGUGCAAUUUACUUGAAUGAAUGAGAACGGCUUGAUUGAAAUUGUUUACCACGUGUCCUGCAAGUCGGGUCGAGACAAACGGGGAGAGGGGGGAGGGGGGGUGGUGAGGUUGAGUUUGUGUAAUUGCGGUUGUUUUUGGAGCCUCGAUGGUGUAAAUAUCGUCGGGGGAUGUAAGGCGUUGCAACGUACGCGAGCGAGUGCAACUGUCCAGUAAUCCUGUUGAUGCCUCCCGUGCGAUGUUAUUGGUGACUGAGACUGCGGCUUGAGAGGUGUGUCCUAAUCAUUGGGUUACUUGCACCCUGUGGGGGGUGCGGGUUACAUCCUAACAGUGAUUGAACCCAGCGGUGAGCGUAGAGCCAUUAUUUGUUAUCUGAUCGCCUGGUGUUAUCGCUGUGAAGUCGAUGUCAUUGUGAGGUACAACAUGCAAACGCCAUGAAUGACAAAGGCAUGUAGUAAAUCUUUAACUUAUUGAGUCGCUUGCUAUAGUAGGCCGAUGAAUGAUGGAAAGACUAAUGGCAAUGAUUGUAAGGCCUGUGUACAAAUAGAUUUUUAAAACUCGCUUAGAGAAGCUGUGGUCGUUUAGCAAUUAUUUCUUUAAUAUUGAUAUUUAUUGCAUUCUUAAGUUGCUGCUAUUCAUCUGUAUAUUUGAUUGAUGUCGCGUGGAUAAAUAAUGAAUGUAUCUGCCAAAUGCAUCCCUGCCAAUGUUAAGCAAAGUGGUUUGGUUUGAACUUUUCCCUCGACCACCCCAGAGAUACAUUUAUGUACGUCGCGUUUCAGCGUGACCUAAUCACACUAUUUUGAAAACGAGAAAAUCUGUUUUAGACGCGUUAUAAAGAGUAGAUAUUUUUAAGUGUUUUUUUUUACUAAAGCCAGUGUUAAGUGUGUGUGGUGCUUGAUUAAGUGUUAGAAAUUCUAAGUCGGUCUGAGUGGCGGGCUUCGUGAUCAAUGGCACUGAAUAAAUUGCGCAAAUGGGAUGCAGUAAAAUUUGCAGGCCCUGUGGAAUUUUAAUUACAGCUUGCCAAUCAAUGCCAAAGCUUAUUUUUUUUGGUCGUGCGGGGUUAGAGGAAGAAAGUGCAAUUAUUUUGUAAACAGAUAAGUAUCGUGAUCUUGGGAAAGCUGAACUUAUAUUCCAGAGAUUAUAUCAGAGGCAUAUAAGUUUACUUGUGGGUUUGUUGUAAGCGUAAUAGGUGUUUUUGUGGCUUUAAUGUUGGAAGCAGCUGCUUAAAUGUUGAUGAAUAAAAAAAACCAAUGCGAUUAAA